AUGCAAAUAUUCGUUAAAACCUUGACUGGUAAAACAAUUACACUUGAAGUUGAACCGACUGAUAGCAUCGAAAACGUCAAAGCAAAGAUUCAAGACAAAGAAGGUAUCCCACCAGAUCAACAACGACUCAUCUUCGCCGGAAAACAACUUGAAGAUGGACGAACAUUGGGUGAUUAUAACAUCCAGAAAGAAAGUACACUCCAUCUUGUACUUCGAUUACGUGGUGGUGAUAAUUAA